AUGGAAAGCCAUAGAUCUUCAAACAACAACAAUAAUAAUAAUAAUAGUGGUGCUAUUGUCACCAAUAGAAAUAAAUAUAACGGUAGUAAUAAUAGUAACAAUAGUAGUGGCAAUAGUAGUAAUAAUAGUAAUGUUGGUAAAUCAAAACAACAACAAGAUCAAGAUAAACAAGAUCAGUUACAACAACAACAAUUAGCAUUAUAUAAAUUCUCAGAGUUACCAGCAUCGUAUUUCAUAUGUUUGAUCAUCAGAUUUCUUGUUGGAAUAUCAUCGACUGGCUAUAUACAUCCAGAUGAAUACUUUCAAUCACCAGAGAUUACAUCGACCUCUCUCUUUCACAUUAAAACAUUGAUACCAUGGGAAUUUGAUCCAUUGAAUCCAUGUAGAUCAAUUAUUAUACCGAUCAAUUGUAAAUGGUUAUACAUUAUUGAUAUUCCCAAGGUUUUUCGCAGUGUGUUCCUCAUUUUUAUUGGAUUACUAUACGAUUCUGAUAUGUAA